AGCUCCCUCCCUCCUUCCCUCCCUCCCCCCCAAAACCCCAGCGCGCCUCACGUUGCUUGGGUCCCCAGCACUUGAUAACACAAUUUACCCUCUGGCUUCCAUCCCAGUUACGUGAAACUCGUGGAUACAAGGCGCUGGAGAUGCGAGAGCCACCAAGCGAGGAGAAACAGCGACUGGCUCCUUGACACGGACAAAUACAAAGCCGAGCCCACCCCUUCACUUAACAACGCGACAUCAAGCAGGCAGAAAGGCUUUCUUCAAGCUCUUCAUCCUCCAUCCACCCUAACUUGAGGUGUUGGGGAACCCCCUGAUGAGUGGGACCUGUAUCCAUGAGCCCCGUGCCCCUUCCCCCUCCCUGUCAGGCUUCAGCACACCCAUCUCUGAACCCCCAUAUCGACGACUCGAUGGAGACACCCCUGCUUGCACCCCUGAAACGGACCUGACCCCCACACAGUGUGUUCUCCGUAACGUGCUGUCCAUUGACACCGGUGGACAAGGGGCACCCUGCGGCAGCAGCCCCACUCCCAGUGAUGGACCCUCAGCUCAGUUUGACAACAGCGUGCUAAAAUUACAUGAACAUGAGGCCUGCCACUGCGGCGGAGCCGAAGCAGACCACAGUCCGGAGGCUGGAGCCGUCCGGAGCCAGUCUGAGAGCAUUCGGCUACAGUCGGGAAGCGGAGGGUUUUUGGAGGGAUUGUUUGGCUGCCUAAAACCAGUCUGGACAAUGAUCGGAAAAGCCUACUCUACUGAACACAAACAUAACCAUGAAGAAUCAUGGGAAGUUCCUUUUGAAGAAAUCUCUGACCUGCAAUGGGUGGGCAGUGGCGCUCAGGGGGCUGUCUUCCUCGGGAAGUUUCACGGAGAGGAGGUGGCCGUGAAAAAAGUGCGGGACAUCAAAGAGACGGAGAUCAAACACCUGCGCAAACUCAAGCAUCCUAACAUCAUUACCUUCAAGGGUGUGUGCACCCAGGCUCCCUGCUACUGUAUCUUGAUGGAAUAUUGUGCUCAAGGCCAGCUGUAUGAGGUGCUCAGGGCAGGCCGUAAAAUCACUCCCUCCCUCCUGGUUGACUGGUCCAUGGGCAUUGCGGGUGGCAUGAACUACCUACACCUCCACAAAAUCAUCCACAGAGACCUCAAGUCCCCAAAUAUGCUAAUCACACACGAUGAUCUGGUGAAGAUCUCUGACUUUGGCACCUCAAAGGAGCUCAGUGACAAGAGCACUAAGAUGUCGUUCGCUGGCACUGUUGCCUGGAUGGCUCCUGAAGUCAUUCGGAAUGAGCCAGUGUCAGAAAAAGUGGAUAUCUGGUCUUUUGGAGUUGUGCUAUGGGAGAUGCUAACUGGAGAGAUCCCAUAUAAAGACGUGGACUCUUCUGCCAUUAUCUGGGGUGUGGGAAACAACAGCCUACAGCUACCAAUUCCAGAGAGCUGCCCAGAUGGCUUCAAGAUCCUCCUCAGACAGUGCUGGAACUGUAAGCCCCGAAAUAGACCUUCUUUUCGUCAGAUUCUUCUUCAUCUGGAUAUAGCCUCAGCUGAUGUACUAUCAACCCCACAGGAAACCUACUUUAAGUCUCAGGCUGAAUGGCGAGAGGAGGUGAAACAGCACUUUGAGAAGAUUAAAUCCGAGGGCACUUGUCUCCACCGACUCGAUGAGGAACUGAUCAACCGACGCAGAGAGGAGCUCAGGCAUGCUUUGGACAUUCGUGAACACUAUGAGAGGAAACUGGAGAGGGCUAACAACCUUUACAUGGAGCUAAGUGCCGUCAUGCUGCAGUUGGAGCUCAAAGAGAAGGAGUUGCAGAGGCGAGAACAGUCUUUGGAUAAAAAAUAUCCGGGAUUGUUUAAGCACCACAGCUCCAGACAGGGUAGCUCCUCUAACACCAUGGACAAAAUCAUCAAGAAGAGGAAUGUCCCACAGAAACUGCCCUCUGGAAAGAGGCCGGAUAUCCCUAAGUCUGAAUUAAUCAUUCCUAAAAUGGAUUCCUCCGUCAUGCAAGUCACUUUCCCAACCUGUCCCAACAGAGGCUCCACUUCUCCCAGCCGGUCUAGGAGAGUGAAGACUCGCCAUCGUAAGCCUGGCAAGGGCAGCAGUGGGGAUCUAGCUGGACUGAAAGCAAAUCAGCCUUCCCCUAACAGGGACACAACUGUCCAGACUAACAGUUCAACCAACAACACCUCGAAUCAGCUCCUGGAGCCCUCUGCAGCCCUGCGAGGCCUGGGGCAUGAGCAGCAGCAGAGGCAGCUGUCCUCCUCCAGCCCUGACCUCAUCUGCAACACGCUGGAGGCGGACGGCCAGGGGAAAAGGGAGCCCCCUGUGAGCGGGCGGGAGAGAGGGGGAAGCCUCGGCGCCUCUCCUGGUUUAGGGGUUUCAGAAGGAGGAGCAGCUGGUCUGGACGAUCUCACAGAAACCCCUCCAAGAAGUGACACCCCCAGUGAGGAUGCUGCGUCAUUUCCUUUCUCCAGCAGUCCAGACUCACCAUGCGGAAAGGGAGCAGCAGCAGGGAGAGGAUCCCUGGGAUCUCCUCGUCUGCCCCAUGAUGGGGAGGACAAGGAAGAUGGAGCCGGUGCUGUGAGGCUACCUCGGGGGGCAUCGGGGGGAAUUGGAAGCCAACACCUGACACCUUCAGCCAUCUUGUAUAGGGCAGCUAUCACACGCAAACAGAGGCGUGGAGUGUCAUCGGAAGAGGAGGAAGGUGAAGUUGACAGUGAGUUUGAGUUGCCACGGAGACGACGCCCGACCAGCAUUACCAAGUGCCAGUCGGUGUCCACGUUCAGCUCUGAGAACCUGUCAGUGUCAGACGGUGAGGAGGGUCACACCACAGACCAUUCUCACAGCGGCACCCCAGACGUGGUCAGCACUAACACUGACGACAAGCUGGACGACCGCAGUGACGACCUCCUCUCUCAGGGAUCCGAGAUCCCUGUGGACAACACUGAUCCUGCGCAGACCUCUGACGGCCUGUCCGAGAGAGACGGCGGUUUAGGGCAGGCCAAAGCCCAGCUCGAAGCCGGGCAGAAUUCUAAUGAAAGCCGGGCUCUGUGUGACGACUCUGACUGUGACAGUGCUGAGCUGGAUCAGUCCGGGAGCGGGGAGCCGAGCCGUCCUCCCAGCGCUGGAGCGUGGGUGUCCCCGUCUCAGCCCUACCAGGGUUCUCCACAGACGCCCAACACGGGACCUCCGUAGACCUGGGCACAAGCAAAGACCUGCAGCUACCACGUGACCACCAAGAAGGCAUCUGAAUCUGUCAGCGGAGAACAUUUCCUUUUGCUGCGAAGGAUCACUCCCACCACACCACUCAGACUAUGAUAGGAUGAUUUAUGAUGUCUGAAGACUGGCAGGUAAAUCUGCAUCAGAGGACAUUCAUCAUAACAUCAGAUAUUUUGGCAGCUUGCGGGAUUAGGUUAAUGUCAUACAGGUUAGGUAGGAUUUAGGAAGAUAAUAAAAAAACAAAACAACAUAGGUUACCACGGUUACCAUUUUUCCUGUUUUGCAUAAAAUCCUUCCUGGGAUGCACAAGUAAAUACCAGACACUAAGUCCUUAAAGUACUAACCCAUCACUCUGGGAGCAUCCUCCAUUUAUACUCAAGACACGAAUGCAUCAAGUACUAAUGAAAAAUAAUGUAAAUACUCAUGAAAAACCACAUGGAAAAUAUCUAACUUUAUUUUGUUUGUAAGAUAAAUUGUAUGACUUAAAAUGGUAUGCAGCCCUGUGAACAAAUGCAUGACGAUAUGUUUAUAAUUUAUGGUUUGAAAGUGUCCGUUUUAUAUUUUGUGAAAGUUUACACUUUUUUAAUCCUGAAAGUAUUAUGUCUGCAUUUUUUUGUAAAUGACUGCACUUAAAGCAAAAGGAAAAAAUAAUAAUAAAUGAAUGAAUAUGUUACCAAAACACUGAUCAUGAUGCAUAGCUAGGGAUCUCAGUUGAUUUUAUAUAUAUGUGUAUGUAUGUAUAUAUAUAUAUAUAUAUAUAUAUAUAUAUACUCCCUGCAACCAAGUCUUUGUUAAGUUUAACAAAUAUGGACACAGACUUUUAGGUUCACCGAUCAGGCAUUUCCGUCAUUCUCUUGGAGUGAAGCAAUUUUAUGGGAAAGUUCUAUAGAAAGCUAUUUUUUAUGUGCAUCAGAAUAUGUGGGAUGUUAAAGAUAAUACGAGCAUCUGCAAAAACUAAAAAUCUGCAUUAUGACCUCUUCUUCUAUGGUGGGACUGUUACAUAUAAGCAAUGUGCAAUUUCAUCGACUUAAUUGAGUUGUGAAUGUUGCAGGUCCUUCAAUCUGACCUCUAACACUAAGCACUAAGUGCUGGUUGACCAACGUCAGGCGCAGAAUAGAUUCAUAUAGAUUCAACUUAUGGUGAUAUUAGAAGAUUUACAUACUCCUUCAAACUGCCGCUUAACCCACAAUGCAUCACAUGUUGAGAUUAAGAUAAAAGGGGCACAGCGCUAAUUGCUGGUAUUCCCCCAUAUAGUUUCAAGUCUACAGAAUGGUAUCUUUUGUACCUCAAAAAUUUGAACAGUUUACAAAGUAAGGCUGUUUUUUUUAAGAAGAUUGUUAUUUGCAUUUUUAGAAAGCUUGGAAAAAUACUCAUUUAACAGUGUUUCUUUUAGUCUUCUUCCGCCAAGUUUGUUUACGCUGCAUUCAGGUCAUGUAGUUUUAAUGGUAAAUCACAUACAGCCAAGUGAGGAGAGCCUCCAACCUCUUCAGUUUGAGAGAGUAACACAGUAGAAGCACUUUAUUCAGGUUAUUUACAUUAGCAGGAGGCCCGCCACCUCAGAUAGUGUAUAAACACCCCUGACUCAGUCUCUGAACACCAUUUACGUCUCAUGAAUGCUGCACCAAGUAAUGAUUAAGAUCUAUGAAUUAAAUAAAAUGUAAAAAUAAAAAAGGAAGUUUCUAGUUACUGUUUUAUAACAAAGGCCUCUGUAGACCAUAAUGUUGAUGGGCUUAAAAAAGAAAAAUAUUGAUUUUACCCUUUAAGAUUACUGCAGGGAGUAGCCAGAUAAAGAAAACAGUACUUCUCUGUGUUGGUACUAGUAAACAGUAAGUUUCCUUUUAGGGUUCAAAUAUGCGUUUUGUUUUUAUACAGCAUUGCAUCUGUAACAUAGGAGUUCUAUUAAAGGCAGAAUAUUAUGUGCAACAAAAAAUGAUGUAUUGGUUAAAAAAAAAACAAAUGUGUGACAUUUGAUAAAUAAUGGGCCACGAAAUAGAGCUCUUUUUUCUUCCCUCCCCUGAUGUUGCAUCACAAAAAUACAGUUAAAC